AGGUGAUAUCGCGCACCUGUUGAAUCAUUUCCUACUGUGAAAUUGCCAAAGAGUGUAUCAAAAGCCAUCUUCUCUCCUUCCUGAGUCCAUUUGGAGGAGAAUUUUACAGGUGAAAGUGACAAAAGGUGAUCAACUAAGGUUUUUUAAAUGUAACACAGCGAGAUUAGUUAUUAGUGCAUAGAAAAUCCAGAGGAAAAGGUGGUUUUUGUGAAAAUUAACCUGAGACACGCCCUGAGACUGUGAUAAGUGAAAAGCUCCGCAGAGCUUUUAUCAAUUUCUGAGUGCAUUUUCCAAAAAUGAGGCGAGAGGUGGCCUGUUUCCUUCUCUGCCUCCUGGCUGUGUCUGUCUCAGGAGGAGACAACAAUACGACCGAAGUUGCGGCGAAAAAGGAUGACACAAAGGAUUCCAGUGUGAUCUGUUCCUCGUGCAUCUGCGACAAGGACACCAAUCUCCUGGAUUGUAGCGAGAGGAGCUUCAGGGAUAUGCUGUUGGCAGAAGAUUGGACACCACUUAACAAGAGCUUUAGCGUCUACGUUGUGCACUUCACCAGGAAUCAACUGACAAAGAUUCCGGCUUUUCCUGAGCUGCCCAUCCAAGAACUCGAUUUCAGUCACAAUGAGAUCAACACAAUCGAGAAGAGGGCUUUCAAGGAGCUGCGAAAUCUCGUGUAUCUUGAUCUCUCCAACAAUCGCCUGGACAUCAACUCAAUCAAUCCCGAUGUGUUUGAGGGACACUAUGAUCCUGAUGAGUAUGAACCACUGAAUAAAUUGAGGACGCUUAAGCUGGAUAACAACAAUAUUCAUGCUCUCAAAUCGGAGAACUUCGAGCACUUGCCACACUUGAGAUCGCUGAGUUUGGCGGGAAAUCCUUUUCAGGUGAUUGAUUCGCAGUCCGAAAUGGCCAUCACGAGCAUCAGAUAUUUGGAGUUCUUGGACCUCAGCAGAAUGGAAUUGAGUGGUAUUCCGCCACAUCUUCUGCACACACCGCGCGCACUGAAGACCCUCAACAUCACGGACAACCUUCUGACGCAAAUUCCCGAUGCCUUGGUAUUUGCCAAGAAUCUGGAGAAUUUGUAUCUGGACAACAACUUAAUUCCCAGCUUGGGCACAAAUCGCACAAAGUUCGCGCUGAUGCCCAAUUUGCAGUUCCUCAGCCUCUCAUCCAUGCCAUUGCUGGAGAGAGUCGAAGCUGGUGCUUUCAGUGGUCUGACUGGACUCAAGACCCUGAGGAUGAGUGAGAAUCCCAAGUUGUACUUCAUCCACGGCGAUGCCAUGAGUCGCCAAGGAGCUGAGGAUCCUUCUCGAGAGGAAUGGCCAGAUUUGACUCACCUUUAUCUGCACAACAAUAACCUCACCACAAUCGAUAUGAUGAUGCUGGCUAAUUGGGAACAUCUGGAAGUGCUAGACAUCCGUCACAAUCCCUGGCUCUGCGACUGCAGCAAUCAGUGGAUGGUGGAUCGCCUCCUGGGACAUCUUCACGGAGACACAGAGCGCCUGCUUGAGGACGUGAUCUGUGAGCAUCCAAUCGAGAUGCGCGGCACGAAGAUGAUCGAUCUGGAGAACACGCAGCUGAGGUGUGUUGACAAGUACGGCCAUCGCCCUGAGCACGACGGAGUGAUCCUCAUGGGAAUGCUGAUCGGCAUCUUGGUGGGCAUUCCCAUAUCCCUCAUGAUUGUCCUCAUUUACCGGCGCGGAUGCUUCGGGCUCCUCGCGCCCCGCGGACCAGCCGACUACUCCAGGGCAUUCUACAAGAGGGCCGGACAAGAUGACAUGUACUAUUGAGGGGAGGUCGAGCAUCAACAUCACAUUCGAAAUGAACAUUCUGUCACAUCUUUUGUAUAAAAUUGCUCUCUUGGCGACUGAUGAGAACUUUUAGUGGCUGAAAGAGCAUUUUCCCAUAGAAAAUUUCAAUAAAAACACUAUUUUUACUUUAUCACGCA